AUGGAGGACGCAGCUCCUGCAUUAUCGCCUCUAAGAUCGGGACCACUCCCAAUGAAAACCGCAUUGAAUACUGUCACCCAGCGCCCUAUCGCCCCUCGAUCGGUCUCGUUACCUACUGAUGCGCCACACUCGGACGGCCAAUUCCUCCACGCCAACGCCGCGUCCUCUAACCUCGACAAUCGUCCAUCAUCUGCGCGCUCAGUGCGCUCAGUGCACUCGGCGCGAAAAGUGACAAAGCAGGAGGAAGUGAGUCCAGUGGAAGAUGAUAACCGAACAAUACGCUCGCUAGAUGACCGUUCAUUAUGGGCGAAGGCCUCUUCCUUGCGCAGUGUUCCCAACAUCACGGUCAAUGAAAACCGUCCAAGAACAAGCUCUCGACCAAGAUCUGCCUGGUCGGAGCGCAAAUGGACAGGUCUCAGAAAGAAAUCUACCGACAUGGAACGGCCUAGCAUAGACGAACCUCCACCAGUGCCCCCGAUCGAACCAGCAUUCAGUAGAAUCAGCAUGGAUAUACCAGCGGCAACUCUAGAAGGACUAGGAUCUACUAUGAAGUUCUCUCACCGUGGAAGUCUCAUCAAGAACCAUGCGACGAGGCCCCAUUUUAUAAAGCCAGAUGCGCAAUCUGACCAGCUUCCUGAAGAAGCUUCGGAGCAACAAUCCAUUCUGCAACCUGCAGAGCCGGAGAAGAAGCAAGAGCAGGAAGAGGAUACGGAAACAACGCCCGAAAGCUCUCCCUCGAUCGGCAAUACCGACACAAGCAACGAAAUACCGAAGGCGACCCCACGACUCAAUUCACAGCGCACCCUUCGCCCACGAAGCAGUAUCACGACAAGAGCUAUCUCUGCCGACGAUGAUAUGCUGUCUCGACGAGUCCGCCUUAUGUAUGAGAUGGGUAAUGAGAAUGUCACGGACUCCGAUAUCGCCAAGUCAAUUGCAUCUGAAAAUGGUGUUCUGUGGGAAGAGCCUGCGACUUCUGACAUAGAGACUGCCUCAACACCAGGACUCAGUCUGAACAGAGCAGAAUCAAAUAUCAGGGCCUCUGUCGAAGUGGAUCGCAAAAGAAUAAAGAGAGAGACCAUGGAACUUGGAGGGGGCAUUGAAGAUUGGCGCAAUAUUGGCUCCGGGCAAGUUGAUCGAUAUGGGUUCAUUCACACCCCAGCAAACAAUGGUGACUCAGAGCCUCGACCUAUCCAACGAGUCACAACAAGUCUUCAGCUCGCCUCUGAGGCACCAAGACGCAAGCGCUCAAUUCGACCACCGUCUGCUAGAGCCAGUGUCCGCUCCAGUCAUGGUCUACAGCGCAAUCCAUCCUUUAACUCUACAUUCAAUCGCCCAUCUACCUCCGCAAGCACAGCUAGUGUCCCAAUACGUCGCUCAUCUCGUCUGCGCUCCGCAACUAACCAUCUUCCUCAAAACCGGGACCGAAAGGUCACAGAUGAGGCCGGUGACAUGCUUACUCUUCCGUGGGACGAUUGUGGUGAAGGGAAAGACACACCGGCGGCGCGUGCAAGGCGAAAGAAGGAGUGGCAGCGUGAAGAUAAAUGGACCAACAUGGCAAAGCUGAAAAAAAAUAGCCAUUAUGGGGGUGGUGGAAUGAACUUUGAGUUCGAUACUCGUAGCCCAAAGCUGAUCGAGCGUACAUGGAAGGGCAUUCCGGAUCGAUGGCGCGCAACAGCAUGGUAUUCCUUCCUGGAAUCUAGCGCGAAGCAACACGAAGAUAGUCCUUCUGAAGUGGAACUCAUCGAGGCCUAUCACGAGUUCCAGUACAUUUCCUCGCCGGAUGACGUUCAGAUUGAUAUUGACGUUCCCCGCACUAUCUCGAGCCAUAUUAUGUUUCGUCGACGAUAUCGUGGUGGGCAAAGGUUGCUCUUCCGCGUACUCCAUGCCAUGUCUCUGUAUUACCCCGACAAUGGCUAUGUGCAAGGAAUGGCGGCUCUUGCAGCCACUUUGCUGGCAUAUUAUGAUGAGGAGCAUUCCUACGUGGUCUGGAAGACCUCUACAAGUCCGGCUUUGCUGGACUCAUGGAGGCCCUUGGAUGAUUUUGAACGUGAAUGGUUGGCUGGUGGGGAAGUGGCUGCGAAAUUGAACGAAGUCGGAAUCCCACCAACUGCCUAUGGUACUCGUUGGUAUUUGACGCUCUUCAACUACUCAAUCCCCUUCCCUGCCCAGCUCCGCGUGUGGGACGUCUUUAUGCUCCUCGGGGAUGCAGAAGACAAGACUUCUAUCUCCAGGCCCGCAGGCAAAGCUGGUGUCCCAACACGCGCAGGCACAUUUGGUCAAGGUCUCGAUGUCAUCCAUGCCACUUCCGCAGCUCUUAUUGACGGAAUGCGCGAAAUUAUUCUCGAUUCUGACUUUGAGAAUGCUAUGAAAGUACUGACGAGCUGGGUGCCCAUCAAGGACACCGAACUCUUCAUGCGCGUUGCUAAGGCUGAGUGGAAGGUCCAUCGCAAAAAGCACUACUAA